AUGAAGGUGGUUCAAGCCACCAGUGACGGGGGGAACAUCGAGUGGAGGGAUUUGCCCAGGCCCAAGUUUGCGUCGCGAAAGGGCGAGAGUGACACAGUCAUUAUUGCAGUUUGUACUAUUGGGCUCUCGUAUGCGGACCACCUCUUCCUCCACGGACGCUACCAAGUGAAGAGACCGUGUCCAAUUUCACCCGGCUUAGAGGGUACUGGGGUGGUGUCAGCAGUCGCGCGAGGCACUAUACUAUGGCGCAUUGGCACCAGGGCUGGUUUCGCAUCACUUCUCAACGGUGCUUGCGCAGAGGAAGUGCUCCUUGCAAGUUUCGAGUGCAUGCAGCUGCCUGAUGAGGUCGAUCACAUCCAGGUUGUUCAGUACAGUGCCCUGGGUGUCAACUUCACGACAGCCCAUUUUGCUCUUGUCUAUAGAGCACCUAUCGCAGUGUGGGAUGGAAAUUUUCUUCUAGUUCUUGGUGCUGCGGGUGGGGUUGGUCUAGCGGCUGUGCAAGUGGGAAAGAUCCUAGGGUCGACAUUGAUUGCCUGCGCGAGUACGCAAAGCAAGCGACUACUGUGCAACGAGCUGGGGGCUGACUUUGUAGUAGACUAUACGAGUCGAACAUGGCCUCUCCACAUUGUUGAUCUGACAGCUGGAGCGGGCGCUGACUGUGUCUUUGAUCCCGUUGGUGGAGAUCACAUCUUCAGAUGCUUGCGUUGCACUUGA